GAGUCAAGUUGAGAUACAAAAAAGACGUAGAAAUAUUGUAGGUUUAUCCCGUCCCUAGGUUAUCUAACGUUAGUGAACUGUCGAAAUAGGUAGCUAAUCAAUUGCAAUUUGUAGCCUACAUAUAGGUAAUCAGAUUAUUUGGAGUUUGAACUUUUCUCGCAAUUUUAUAGUUUACGUUACAGAAGAACUUUUUUCUGAUAUGGGACGAAAAAAGAAGAAGCCCGCAAAGCCUUGGUGCUGGUACUGUGGUAGAGAAUUUGAUGAUGAGAAAAUUUUGAUCCAGCAUCAGAAAGCCAAACACUUCAAAUGUCACAUCUGUCAUAAGAAACUCUACACUGGACCAGGUCUUGCUAUUCAUUGUAUGCAGGUUCAUAAGGAGACCAUUGACAAGGUUCCUAAUUCUCUUCCCAACCGAAAUAAUGUUGACAUAGAAAUUUAUGGUAUGGAGGGGAUUCCAGAUGAAGACAUUAAGGAACAUGAACGACAAAAACAGGCUGGAGAAUUGAUUGUAAGUGAUGAUGGCAAUGACUCUGACUCGAGUAGAACUCAAAACACUGGCUUUAACCAGCCUGCUGUGGCUCUACCCAGUGUGCCUCAAGGGGGAAUGAUGCCUCACAUGCCCUCAAUGAUGAGAGGACCCAUGCAGGGAAUGCAAUACAUCCCAGGUGGUCCCAUGAUGGGACCCAUGCAUCCAAUGGGUAUGGGUCCAAUGGGACCUAUGGGUAAGUAUCUUUAGUUAUAGAUACCAGUU